GAUUAGUUCGAAUAUCCGAGUAUUCGCUCGAAAAUUUCAAACGAGCGAGUACUCGAAAUUUUGUACUCGAUCGAUCUUUCAAAACUUUUCCCGUACACUGUGGCCGCUGGUUGCAUGCAUUAUGCAUACCUUUGAGUCAGUAUUUUAUGACUUGGACGACGCGAUCAUCGACUUUACUCCAGGUCACGGCAAGGCAAGCUGUGAGAUACGACAGCUAAAAGUACAAUGUAGAGACGUUGGACACUCGCGCGGCGACUUCGCGCUGCAUUCAACUGCAAGUGUAGCAAACGGUAAGUUAGUUACUGGUAGUUUGUGGAUGCAUUGUAGUUUUGUUACUUACUUGAUCUUGUCCCUUCGAUACUCCUUCCUGUGACCGAAGUGUUGUUGUCGUGUGACAGUUUCCGUUUUUAGUCUCUAGUAGUAGAAUUUCUUUUUGUUCACCGUUUUCGCUAUGUCGAAGACUAAGGUUGGGAAGCUGGCAUCCCAACGCUCUUUCGUUUGGGAGCACUUUUCGCAACCGGUGGAGAGCAAAGUAAUUUGUAGCCACUGCAAGCGCUCUUACUCUUACACUGGAGGGACGACGAACCUCCAGAAUCAUUUGAGAAACAGCCAUCCCUUCGUCCUUUCCAAGCCUGCUGCCUCUAGCUCUGUGACAACUGAGCAAGGAACUCGCCCGAUAUUGGCGUUUGGCGUUCGGCAGUCACGAACACCGUGCAACGCGGCGGAGGUCUCGCAAAUUUCCAACCUGCUGGUGGACUGGAUCUGCCUGAAUAUGCGACCUCUGGGGAUUGUCGGCGACGGAGGUUUCGUGAGGCUCAUGUCGUUCCUGAAGCCUGGCUUCACUGUGCCAUCGCGAACCUGCGUCGCCGGCAUGAUCCAAAAGCGCCAUGCGAAGGCACGAAAAGAACUGGUCGAGCUGCUCCAGGACGCUCCAGCGCUUGCGCUUACGACGGAUGCCUGGACGUCAAAGGCAACGAUGUCUUACCUGACGUUCACUGUCCACUUUGUUGCAGGUGAUUGGACGUUGCGGAGCUACGUCCUGGAAACAACAUACUUCCAGGAGGGCCAUACUGCCGACAACCUGGCUGCGGAGACCAAGCGAGUGGUCGAGAGCUUCGGCAUCAGCACGAGCAGCGUGAAGUGUAUUGUGCACGACGAAGCACGGAACGUAAUGGCAGCCAGUCGCUUGCUGAAACGGGAGCUGGCCUGGGAUUUCAUCGCCUGCGCAGCACAUCGUCUGCAAACUUGUAUCCGCCAUGCUGUUGCUGGUACCCGGCAGGUGGAGAAGUUGCUGGCUGAUGCUCGCAGGUUGGUGAGCCAUUUUCACCAUAGCAGCAAGCAGACAGAGGCCCUCAACGAGCGCCAAGUAGCUAUUAGCAGCAAUGGUGGCAAGGCGCUGCACCUAAUCCAAGAUGUCGCCACACGCUGGAAUAGCGGCCAUGCCAUGUUGGUGCGCCUACUGGAGCUGAAGUUGGCAGUCAUGGCUGUGCUUCAGGAGGAUUCAGCGCACAAGUCGCUCCUUCUAAAGGACCACCAGUGGACGCUUGCGCAGGAGGUUGUCGACACCCUCGGACCUGCAGCAACAGCAACAACUCUCCUUGGCGGUGAGAGGUAUUGCACGAUGUCUUUGCUGCUGCCGAUUGUUUCGUCCCUCCACCGUGCAUGGCAGCGGGAAAGUGAUGCUGACGAUGCCACACUUGCGAUUUCUUCCUUUCGUGCUCGUCUGGUUGAAGAGCUGGAGGAUAAAUUCAGCAUCGCUGCAAUAGACGCUCUGUCUCUGCCAAGCUUGUCCUCGGCCAUUGACCCGAGAAGCCUGCUGUUGGGAUACCUUGACAGUGACGAGGACAAGGCUGCCGUCAAGCUGGAAUUGAAGCGCAUGGCUUCGAGCAUUGCUGACCUCUCCAGCAUGUCAGAUGAUACAGAUUGUUCAAUUGAGCCUGUUGCAAAGAAGCCAUGUCCAUCUGAUGCCAUGGACUUCUUCUUUGGUGCUGAUAGCACCCCAUCUUCUAAGUCAGGUGACGUGGAGACAGAGGUUGCUAUGUUCUUCUCCGAGCGACCUGCGCCUUCCUCCACUGACCCAUUGCAGUGGUGGAAAGCCAACUCUGGCCGGUACCCACUCUUGUCUUCUGUUGCUCGCCAGCUGUUGUGCUCUCCAGCUACAUCUGUGCCUUCAGAGCGUGUUUUCUCUUCCGCUGGGAUGAUUGUGAACAAGCUCCGGACAUCACUGAGCCCCAGCAAUGUCGAUGCCCUCAUCUUCUUGCAUUCUAAUGCCUCACUUCCAUCUGCAACCUCAGAAUGUCAAUCGCCGCUUGUUCCUUCUGAGCCGCUCUCUGCCUUAUCGCAGGAUGAAGAGCUGCCACCCUUGCCAUCAUUAUAAAAGAUUCCCUCUCUCUGUCUUUCUGUGUGUGUGUGUGUGUGUGUGUGUGUGUGUGUGUGUGUGCUGAUUUGUGUGUGUGUGUGUGUGUGUGUGUGUGUGUGUGUGUGUGUGUGUGUGUG